AUGGAUCUCAAACAUUUCAUCUUAAUUUUCUUAUGUGGUUAUCUGAACAAUGCAGUUUUCUCAGAGACAGAGGCAAGUACAACAGAGAUGCAGCCAAAGUCUACUUUACUUAGAUCAUCAGUGUCAAAUGCCUCAGCUAGUUCUCAAAAUGGAACAGGGAAUCCUUUGAGUCAACCAACACAAGUCAACAACAUUUCUUCUGGACAACCAACACCAUCUACCAAAGUCACUGCAAGACAACCCUUACCAGCUACCUAUGCCACUUUUGGAAAGCUAACAGCACACACUUCCGCUGGGCAACCACUUGCCAGUAACAUCACCAGACAACCAUCACCAAUUUCCAACUCUUCCCAACGAACAGCACUACCUGCAUUCACAUCUGCUGGACAACUACCACCAUCUGCCCAUACUUCCACCAGACAACCACCACCACCAUUUGUCUACACCUCUGCUGAACAGGUAUCAUUACCUGCUCACACCUCUUCUGGAAAAUCAAUUCCAUCAACUGUUCAUAAUCUAUCCAUACAAUCAACUUCAAAUGUCAAAAUUUCACCCAUGAUUACACCAGUUUUCAAUAUAGAAAUCACCAGAAACAAAAAAGCCCCACAUAAAACAAAAGCUAACUCAAUAGCUGCUAUAUUAAUUGGUGUAAUUCUGACUUCUAUGUUGGUAGUUAUAAUGAUGAUUGUACUAUGGAAAUGCUUGAGAAAACCAGUUUUAAAUGACCAAAAUUGGGCCGGAAGAUCUCCCUUUGCUGAUGGAGAAACACCUGACAUAUGUAUGGAUAACAUUAGAGAAAAUGAAUUGUCUGGAAAACGUACAUCAAUUGUUUCACUUAUGACCUGGAAACCAAGCAAAAGCACACUUUUAGCAGAUGACUUAGAAAUUAAGUUGUUUGAAUCAAGUGAAAACCUUGAAAAUUCCAACAACCCCCAAACAGAGAAAAUAAAAGAUCCAGUGAACGGGACCUCGGAGGACAGCGCUGGCGGAUCAACCAUCGGCACUGCUGUCUCUUCUUCAGAUGAUGCAGAUUUGCCUCCACCACUUCCCCUUCUUGAUUUGGAAGGACAGGAGAGUACACAAUCUGAGAAACCCACAAUGACAAUUUUAUCUCCUCUUCCUAAUGAUUCUACCAAUCCCUCCCCAUUUCUGGACUGUCUUAAUCAAGCCUGUGAAGAUCAUAAUUCUGAGAUCAAACAGUCAUUUCCAACUCCCCCUGACUCUGUUAACUUGCCCUCACCACUACAUUUCAUGAAAACCCAGGAAGAGUCCAACAAUGAAAUCCAGUGUCAUGGGUUCUCUACUCCUCCUAUAUCUGAUCAAGAUCUCAAUGAAUCCCUGCCACUUCCACCUGCAGAAUUAUUAUAA